AUGACAUUGGCACAGGCGGCGACACUGACAAUUUGUCUUUUUGUCUUCAGUUGCGCCGGCUCCAUCUUGGCACAGGUAAGGCUAAUUAUUUAUGGUUAAUCAAAUUAACUUCCAUAGUCAGCUGUUUUAAGAUCAAAGAAACGCUUGAAGCGUCAAUUGCGAGCAUGUUUUAUGUUUAUUCACAGCAGAAAACGGCUUUUUUAAGUCUAAAAUUAUAAAUAAUAGAAAAGACAUAGAUAUUUUUUAAAAUUAUUUUAAAAUUCCUUUGAAUUCUUACCUAAUUAUAUAGCCAGACAUCGGUAGUCCAACCACAAAUUUUAUUUUUAGCUUUGAAUUAUUAAUUUUGUAAGGAAAGUAUUUUCAAAACAUCAAUAACAUGACAACGCCCUUUACAGGAAACCUUGUCGUGUGGCCAAACAUCGUACCAAGUCAAUUUCGAGCCCACCAAACCUCAACUGGCCACCGGCCCGGCCAAGUACACAUUCUACCCGAUCGAGCUCCUGUUCGGGACCAACGUCCAGAUAUGUAACAUGACCUCGCCCAGCCUGCCAUUGGGCGAGGGCAAGAGUGCUACCAUCAACGGGCUCGAGACCAGGUUCAUCAUUACCUACUGCGAGAGUUGUUCACGAUGUGUGAGCAAACUACCCAUCCUACACAAAAUGGCUACACAAGUAGCCAACGAUGCUGGCCUCACGUCCAUGUUGAUCAUCGUCCGCAACUCGUUUCAAGGCGUGAAGAUCGACAACACGAACGUCAAGUUCGUGCAGAUGGACGAGGAGCCAGAAGUGAGCAACGUGUGCGAACUGUCGGAUUCUGUAGACAGCGACGCGCUACGUUCCUUCUCGAAGACCUCGGUUCUGUUUGUAAGCAUAUCCUUUAUCAUUCUGAUGGUGAUCUCGUUGGCGUGGCUGGUCUUCUACUACGUGCAGCGCUUCCGCUACGCGCAUGCCAAAGAUCGUCUUCAAAGACGGCUCUUCAACGCGGCCAAGAAGGCCCUCACACAUAUCCCGACCAAGCCCGUCAAGGUCGGCGACAAGGAGCUGGACUCCGACUGCCCUGUCUGCAUCGACCCCUAUCGUGCGGGCGACAUCGUGCGUAUGCUGCCGUGCCGGUGAGUAUAAAUAUUGUACAUAAAAAAUGGUCUUUUGUACAUUAAUUAUCUUUUGUGUUACUUUUACAUGCUAUUUCGCAAUGGAAAUCCAGAAUCUUUUACACAGUAUGUCGUAUGCAAUAUUUUUUACAUGGUAAUUUCGUAUUUUCAACACCGUAAUCUCCAAUUUUGUACAUAAAAGGAUUAAUUUGGUAUGUAAAGGUCGUGUUUACAGGCAUGUCUUUCACAAAACUUGCGUGGACCCAUGGCUAUUAGAGCAUCGAACAUGUCCCAUGUGCAAGAGUGACAUCCUCAAAGCUUUUGGCUACCAUGUGAACGUCAGUAGCCGCAGAAGGACCCAGUUCUCGGCCCCAACCGACGACCAACAUGUAGUUCACGUAGCCAACGAAGACCGGCUGAGUGUGGAUGCCACUUCAACUACAAGUGAAUCCAAUGCGUAUCCCUUUCCCGUGGUGACAGAGAUCCAUGAUCCCUUCAGCUUUACACCCUCCACCUCUCCUCAGCUGGUACAAGUGAUGCACGCUACGAAUGCACGAGGAUUCUCCAUCAUUCCUCUCACUGUCCAUAACGGAAAUGGACCGGUCAAUGGGCCUAACUUUACCACAGUUAACGCUACUGUAGAACGACAUAUUCCCAAUUUCAAUUCACAGCCUUUGAAAGGUAAGUUAAAGCUAUAAACUCAUAGUAUAAUAGAUGCAAAACACAUGCUGGCAGAUACUUGUAAAAUUGUUUUUGUUUUGCCCAUAUCACCAUAAAUUAUAAUACUUUCUAGAAAGCUUUCUCUCUUUAAUAAUAUGAUAACUGUGAGACCACAUAUUUGAAUGAUGAGUCGAAUAAACCUUUAACUAUCAUUUAGAAACAGUAUUUUAUUUGUUAUCAAUUUACGAAUUUACUUUCAGGUGAAACCAACUCCACAUGUCCUUCUGGUCGCCAAAUGAGGAAUUCGAGUUCUGCCAAACGAAACCGUGGUCACUUUGUCAACCUUGUUCAUGUUCGUUCACGUUCUUUAAGUCAUUCGCAAACACCUGAUACUGAUGCUACCCUAACUCCACCAGAACCACAACGACCAACAGCUCUGUUCCGAACUGGCCGAAAUGGAGGCAGCAUCGAGACUCAGAUGGAAGAAGGCUCACAAACCUUGACUCCACCUUCUCCAGCUCCUGUUUCCAGCUUGGAGAUGAACUCUCCACCAGAUCAGGUCUUGGUGGUUAACAAGUACCCUACGGCAGCGAGUCAUGUUAAGCAUGCCAUGGUACAGUCGGCCAAGGUGCGGCCUCAGACAACGGCAGGGGUGGGAAUGAGGAGAGUGUCACAAGAUCAGAUGACCACCGUGAACAUGCCCAACACCCCCUCAUUCCAUGACAUCAAGCCCAUCCAGAAAGACGGGUUAAGCGUAGAAUCACUUUAA